AUGGGCUCUAGUUCCAAAACAGGAUCCAGGGAAAUAUUUCUGACCAAGCUGGAUGAACAAGAAGUUCAAGAGGAUAGUAAAGAAAGAAAAAGAAGCCCAUAAAAGAUUAGAAAAACUGAAUGCUUGCCAAAUAUAUUUAGGAAGAUUAUGGAUAGGCACCAAAUGUCCCACUUACAUUGUAUGAACACUGUCCUUUUGGCGCUUAUUUGGACUGGCAUUGCAACAGCACAGAAGGAUUGCACAGGGGUGGAGUGUAAGCAGCCAGAAAACUGCAUUGAAGAAGUUCUAGAGCCUGGAGAAUGCUGCGCCUCUUGUCUGCAGCAUGGUUGUACUUGCGAAGGAUACCAGUACUAUGACUGCGUGAAUGUAGGCUUUGUCAACGGAAAAGUGCCUGAAGGACAGUCCUAUUUGGUCGACUUUGGAAGCACAGAAUGUUCUUGUCCCAAAGGCGGGGGUAAAAUCAGCUGCCAGUUUAUGUUAUGUCCAGACCUUCCACAAAACUGCAUUGAUGCUGUUCUACCAGCAGAUGGAUGUCCCCAAUGUGGAAGAAUAGGCUGUGUCCACGAAGACCAGAAAUACGCUGCAGGACAUACAUUCCACAUGCCUACAUGCAAAGUAUGCCAUUGCCCUAAUUCUGGUGGUGACCUCAUGUGCUAUCAGCUCCCAGAUUGUAAUGAAUCUACGUUAACCUCCCCUAAUCCAUCUGAUACCAUGGAAGCGGAGCAACACUAUGAUGAUCCCUACAGUUAUGACCAAGAGGCACCAGAAGGAGACACCACUCAGGUGGAGCCACCCAAAAAGUACUACAGCUUUUCAGCCCAGUUGGAACAAGAGAGCAUAGGCCAAGAACAAAGUGAGGAUUAUGACUACCUUGCAAGCAGUGUUACUCCCCCUUCACUGAUUCAGUCUAUUUCAGACCCAGCAAUGCAGCAACCAACCAGCACAAAUAUCCCUCUCCUAAAUCAUCUGGAAAAUAGGAACAACCAUGAAAAUAGCAAGGUCAGGAUGAAUACAAGCACAGUAUCAGCAACCAAAGCACCACAAAGACAUAAGAUGACCACUACAAGUAGUGUGUUAAAGGAAGAAGUCAUGGCAACAACUGAGACACCCCAGAAUGGGCUGGAAGUGGAGAGACAAAAUGCGAUCAACCAUGAGAAAAUUGAGCAAGGAGAAAAUCCCCAUUUUAGAAUCAAACUAAACAUGAAAAAAGACCAGAAAUUAAAAGUACCCAAAUCAUUAGAUUUCAAGGAAUCCAAAAGAGAUAACUUCCCUGAAGUCAAAUUUAAUCCGACACCAUCAUCACUGAUUGCUUUGAAAGAAGACCGUAACUGGAUAGCCCCCAAACAAUCUCAAACACUUUAUCAUUACCAGCCUGAUGAAGACGUGGAUCCCAACUCUGUUCAUACGUCCUCCAAAUUAUCAGAAGAUUCAACAAAAGAUUUAAUUGAAACUUGCUGUGCUGCUGGGCAACAAUGGGCUAUUGAUAACAAUGAAUGUAUGGAAAUCCCAAUAAGUGGAACAAGUGGUGAUAUUUGCAGAAUUGCUCAAAAGCAGUGCUGUGUCUCGUAUUUAAAGGAGAAUAGCUGCAUUGCUGGCAUGAUUGCUGCCAGAGAAGGUGAUUUAUGUGGAUCAGAUGAAAGUGAUACCUGUGGAGGAUCAUUUUAUAAGCAAUGUUGUGACUGCUGCAUGCUAGGCCAACAAGUAAAAAAUGAGGGUCAAACCUGUGAGUCAAACCCAAAUCUUGGUUAUCCUUGCAACCAUGUGAUGCUUUCCUGUUGUGAUGGAGAAGACCAUCUUAUCUCUCCAGAACUGAAAAGACAGCCUGAACCAUUGUCAACAGUGACACCUGAAAAAUUGACAGAGACAGAAGAUCACCACGAAGCCUUGUCAAUUAGUCAUGAAGCUGAAAUGUCAAACAGCCUGCCUGGAGAUGACCAGGAUGAGUGCCUUGCCUAUCCAGGAGAGCUUUGUCAACACCUCUGUAUCAACACUGUGGGGUCCUACAAGUGCUCAUGUUUCCCAAGCUUUACUUUGCAAGAUGAUGGACUCAGCUGCAAUCCAGAUUUUGAAGAUGAUGCACAAAAUACUGCCUUAGGGGAGAAAGCCAUUCCAGCUCCAGAAGCUUUAAAUAUUCAACCUGCAACCAACAACACUUUACAAGUAGAAGUAGAUAAAUGUAAAGAUAAUGGUCCCUGCAAGCACAUUUGUAAUAUGGUGAAAGGGGAAAUUGUGUGUUCUUGUUCACUUGGCUUUGUCCUCCUGUCAGAUGGUGUUUCCUGUGAAGACAUUAAUGAAUGCGUAUCAGAUACUCAUACUUGCAAGAGAGGAGAACAUUGUAUCAAUACAAUUGGAUCAUUUACGUGUCUUCAACAACUCAGCUGCCAAUCAGGAUAUGAACUUCAGGAUGGUGAAUGUGUUGAUAUUGAUGAAUGUGAAAGAGGAACUCACAGCUGCAAGAUAAACUUUGCAUGUCAAAAUACAAAAGGAUCGUUUUACUGUGAAUCAAAGCAACGAUGCAUGGAAGGAUUUUUACAAGAUCCGGAGGGAAACUGUGUCGACAUUAAUGAAUGUACAUCACUUCCUGAGCCAUGUAAGGCUGGAUUCAAUUGCAUCAAUACUGUUGGGUCUUACACUUGUCAGAAGAACCUCUUAAUAUGCAGCAGGGGAUAUCAUUCAAGUGAAGAUGGAACCAGAUGUGUUGAUGUUGAUGAAUGUCAGUCUGCCACACACCGCUGUGGAGAAGGACAGAUUUGUCACAAUCUACCUGGAGCUUACCGCUGUGAUUGCAAGAUGGGAUAUCAGUAUGAUUCAUUCAGCAGAACUUGCAUUGACAUAAAUGAAUGCUGGAAUUAUCCAGGCCGACUCUGCCAGCAUUCGUGUGAAAACACUCCUGGAUCCUAUCAUUGCUCGUGUUCUUCUGGAUUUCGCUUGGCUUAUGACGGGAAACAUUGUGAAGAUGUCAAUGAAUGUGACAAUAAUCCAUGCAAUCAAGAAUGUGCUAAUAUUUAUGGUUCCUAUCAGUGUUACUGCAGGCAAGGCUACCAAUUAGCAGAAGACAGCCAUUCUUGUAAAGAUAUUGAUGAGUGUGCCCAAAGUGCAGGCAUCCUGUGCACUUUCCGCUGUCUCAAUGUGCCCGGGAGUUAUCAGUGUGCUUGCCCCGAUCAAGGAUAUACUAUGGCCGCCAAUGGAAGGACUUGUCGAGAUAUUGAUGAAUGUGCAAUGGGAACCCACAACUGUUCUUCAGCAGAAUCUUGCUAUAAUAUUCAAGGCAAUUUCCGAUGCCUUUUAAUUGAGUGUCCACCGAACUACAGAAAAGUGUCGGACAUGAGAUGUGAACGUAUCAACUGCUUCAACUAUUUGGAUUGCCAAAACACUCCACUCCGCAUUACUUAUUAUCAGCUUAAUUUCCAAACAAACAUUGUUGUUCCAGCUCAUAUUUUCCGAAUUGGUCCCUCGCCUGCUUAUGCUGGAGACAACAUAAUCCUUACAAUCAACAAAGGAAAUGAAGAAAACUACUUCAAUACCCGAAAGCUUAAUUCCUAUACUGGUAUAGUCUAUCUUCAGAGGCAAGUGAGGGAACCCAAAGACUUCUUGCUAGAUGUUGAAAUGAAGCUUUGGCGUCAAGGAACCUACACAACCUUCCUGGCCAAAAUUUAUAUCUUCAUUACAUCUCAUGCAUACUAAGAUGGAUGUAUUAUUGUUGAAGCUCACUGGUGCUAUUUUCUU